AUGGAAAAUUACCAGAAAAUUGAGAAGAUCGGCGAAGGUACAUACGGGGUCGUAUACAAGGCCCGCGAUCUUUCCAAUGGAGGCCGCAUAGUAGCACUCAAGAAGAUUCGUCUGGAAGCCGAGGACGAGGGCGUCCCUUCCACCGCCAUCCGAGAGAUCUCCCUCCUCAAGGAGAUGCGCGACCCCAAUAUUGUCCGUCUCCUCAACAUUGUCCACGCCGAUGGCCACAAGCUCUACCUCGUCUUCGAAUUCCUUGAUCUCGACCUGAAGAAGUACAUGGAGGCGCUCCCGGUUAAGGACGGCGGCCGCGGCAAACCCCUCCCCGACGGCGCUUCCGACAUCCAUUCCCGCCUCGGCCUCAGCCCGGCCGUCAUCCAAAAGUUCAUGUGGCAGCUUUGCGACGGCAUCCGCUACUGCCACUCCCACCGCAUCCUCCACCGUGAUCUGAAGCCCCAGAACCUCCUGAUCGACAAGGACGGCAACCUCAAGCUCGCCGAUUUCGGCCUCGCCCGCGCCUUCGGCGUCCCCCUGCGGACCUACACCCAUGAGGUUGUCACUUUGUGGUACCGUGCGCCAGAGAUCCUGCUCGGCGGUCGUCAGUACUCGACCGGCGUUGACAUGUGGUCGGUUGGCUGCAUCUUCGCAGAGAUGUGCACUCGCAAGCCCCUUUUCCCGGGCGACUCGGAGAUUGACGAGAUUUUCAAAAUUUUCCGCACUCUUGGAACGCCAAGUGAGGAGGUCUGGCCUGGCGUCACCUCUUACCCCGACUUCAAGAGCUCUUUCCCCAAAUGGAUUCGUGACGAGAGCCAGCCUCUCUGCUCGAAUCUCGACGAGGUUGGUCUAGAUCUACUGGAGACGAUGCUCAUUUAUGACCCUGCCGGGCGCAUCUCUGCCAAGCAGUCUUGCAACCACCCGUACUUCGAGACGUACCCUGGCGCCCACCAUAACACUAGGACCAACGGGUAUCGUUAA